AUUUGAACCAGCUCUUUGGGGCUGGAUGUCUUGUCCUCUGGCCUGUAGCUGGGCGGGAAGGAAAGAAUUAUGCGGCCCGGUAAACUCCGGAGCCGUUCCGGUAAUGAGCCCGCCGGCUGUAUGGCGCAGGAGCAGCAUCCGCAGCCCGGAAUCCCGUGGAAGGAGACGCGGCUGGCUUUGAGGCGGUUGGCGGAGUGCCUGAGCUGCUCCCUUUGCAGUAACAUUCUGAAGAAACCUGUGAACCUAGGAAGUUGCGAACAUGUCUUCUGUCUAACUUGUGUAGGCAACUGUACUGGCACAGCUUGCCCAAUAUGUCAGGUGCCAGCCAUGAAAAAAGAUGUGAAAAUAAACAGGAAGCUAGACAACAUCAUCAAACUCUACAGCAAACUGCAAACUCUGCAGGACAAGGACUUCUCAGGCCCUGCAGAUAACCUGUCUCCUUUGGGAAAGCAAGCUGGAGAGGCAGAAGCUAAAAAGAAACAAAUAAAAAUGAAGUUCAGUCCUCACAGUAAGAGGAUGAGAUUCACCCUGAAGACGAGCCCAAAGAAACUAGAGCAGAUGAAGAAACCAGUCAAAGAUAGCUGGCCUUGUAACUUAACCUCCGUCUAUGACUUUCUUUCUUCGCCUCCUCAUCAGAAGCCUUUCAGAGAGGAAAAGACACCUCGGCAGGAAUGUAAGAAGGAGCCAAGAAAAAAGACUUCAACAGACCUCAACAAACAGAGGGACUCCUUCAGGGGCCAGCAGGAAAACUCCAGUGGGAGGCAUAAAAUGAGCCUAAAUGAAAGCAAAGAUUCAAUCCCCAGGUCUGGCUCAAAAAAUACCUCAGGAGUGAGGCUGAUAACCGGGACAGACCUUGCAGAGAAUGCGAGUGAACUCAUUACAAGUGGUGGUAGAUCUGUGAAACUUGUAGAGAAGACCAGCAAUUAUAACUUUUCUGCUGUGUCCAACGUUGUUGGGGGAGAUCUGACUUCUGAAGAGUGGCUUUCCUUGGCAAGGAAAACAGCUCGGUUAAAGUGUAGCAGGCAGCCUGCCGGAUCUCCAAUUUCUUUGUCUAAGCAUUGCAAAAGGAAAGAGCUGACCCGCCGCCGGAAAUCACGACUGCCAAAAGGGGCCCCACCGCAGUUGCCUGGGAAUUCCCCUGUGGCGGCCUCUCCCUUUGGGGACUGUGCAGUUUCUUCCCCAUCUCUACCGUUGGCUGGAAUCUCAUCACCUCUGAGAAACUCGGAAGAUUUUCCACAUGCCAGUGAUCCAGAAGUUCCAGAAGUGCAACCUCUGUCCAGAAAUUGUGCUGAAAGGGGGGCCUUCCUCAAAAAGUCUCCCAAUAAUAUAUCAGCCAAGAGAAACUAUAAAGGGGAGUCUUUACUUCAUACUGCUUCCAUUGAGGGGGAUCUUUCUGCUGUUGAAGGCUUGUUGAAAAAAGGAGCUGAUCCCAACAUUAAAGACUAUGCUGGUUGGACACCACUGCAUGAAGCUUGUAAUCAUGGACAUAAGCAGGUAGCUGAGUUACUCCUACGACAUGGGGCACUGCUGAAUGUGACUGGGUAUCAGAAUGAUAUGCCACUUCAUGAUGCUGUCAGGAAUGGACAUAGAGAAAUUGUGGAACUGUUGCUUUUGCAUGGAGCUUCUCAAGAUGCAGUUAAUAUAUAUGGUCACAAACCUGUGGAUUAUGCUGAAACAGAAGAGAUGAAAUCCCUCCUAACGCUACCAGUGAAGAAUGAUUCAACUUCAGUUAUUCAGUAUGUACAAUCCAUAAACCUAAAUUACUGUAAAAAAGAGCCUGUUGUUCUCCUUGGGAGUGGUCUUGAUCCAGGUCAACAACUACUGUUAAGCAAAUUGGCUACAGUUCUGAAGGCUAGAAUAUGUACAGAGUUUAACAGCUGUGUGACACACGUUGUUGUUCCUGCGUAUCCUGUGCGAGCUACUAUGAAGUGCAUGCUGGCAGUUUUAACUGGAUGUUGGAUCUUGACAUUUAUGUGGGUAGAGGCCAGCUUGAAGAGAAGAGCUUGGGAACAAGAAGAGAAAUAUGAAAUAGAUGGUGGUCCUCGACAAGGCCGGCUGAACAAGGAACAGCUUUUGCCAAAACUUUUUGAUGGCUGCUACUUCUAUUUCCUGGGAAUAUUUAAAGAGCACGAGAAAGAUGACCUCAAAGAAUUGGUGAAAGCUGGAGGGGGACAGAUUCUCAUGAGGAAGCCUAAGUCAGAUAAUGAUGUGACACAGACAAUCAAUACGGUAGCCUAUCAUGCUGACAUUAGUUCUGACCAGAGUUUCUGCACACAAUAUAUAAUCUAUGAUGCCUCUUCUAACUACAAACCACAGAAAGUUCGUCAAGGAAAGGUUUGGGAAGCACCCUCCAGGUGGCUUAUCAACUGUGUGAUGUCAUUUCAACUCUUACCUGUUAAGAAAUGAUUUUCCCAGCAUUGUGAUAACAUAAUCGUUUGGAUUUCACUUUCACUGAAAUGUUAUUAAAAGAUGCUUUAAUUACAUGCUGAAACAAAAAAUAGACAUUUUUGUUUAAAUCUUAGACUUAUUCG